UAAAGAUUUCCAUAACUGUCUCGUUUCAGAUCACCAUGUCGGCCAUGAUGUAUAACAUGACGCAAUCGCCACCAAACGCUUCCUCUUCCGGUGGGAACGAGAGCGAGACAGAGGCGACAGAGAUGCCCGCAGGCCUUUCCAUUGAGAUCAUAGUCGUCUGUGUAAACAUCAGUAUCUUAUGCGUCUUUGGAACCGUGGGUAACGCCUUGGCCUUCUUCAUCUACUACCGCAAGAGAGAGAAAGGCACCUCCACCAUUUUCAUCCUGAGUCUGGCAGUGACGGAUUUCUUCACCUGUCUCAUCGCCAUGCCCUACACCAUCGUGCACGAGAUGAUACAGUACAGGCACCACUACGACGUCUCUUGUAAGAUGUACCUGUUUAUCCAGACGUUCAACAUCCCACUGUCUGCGCUCAUCAUGGUGGCCAUAGCCUUCGACCGGUACUUCUGCAUCUGCCACCCGUUCCUGCACGUGGUGACAGUGCCGAGAGCGAAGAUCUGUAUCGUUCUGCUCACAUUCGUGUCGGUGCUGCUGGGUGUCGUGCCGACACUAGCACACGGGGUCUACUAUUACGAGGACGUGGCGGUCUCCGUGAACGACACGAUCGCUAACAGCCAGGAUGCGAUGGCGAACGGGGAUUUUUUGCGAGACAGCUCCUCGGGAUUCGGUCCUGCCUCUCCGUCCUCGUUAACUUCGUCCCCAUCCUCGUUGUACUCGUCCCCUCCCUCCCCUCUUUCGCUGGCGUCUGCCUAUAGUAGAAACGACGAUGCCAAAACGGCUAUCGCCUUCAUCGGCUCUACGGUUGCUCCUCUAGGCUCGUGGAAAACGACGAGCGAAGACACGCUCUACACUAACGGGCUGUUUCUGGAACCGGAUGAGGAUUUCAUUAACGACCUCGCUGGCCACAGCAGGGGGUACAGCUAUGAGACGGAUCUGGCUCGCACGGCGUCGACUUUUCCAACCCUCUCCACCUCCUCGCCUGUCUCGGGCUCCACAAGCAACACAUCGUCUUACUUCUCUAUAUUGCUGAAAGAGAAUGGCACUUCACAGCCUGCUCCUCAGAAAAAACUCCGCUUUUUGGGACAUUGUGUCAUGAGCAACGUCAUUUUUAGCGAGGAGGCCACGUUCUUUUACCAGAAGUUCUACGCCGCGCUUUUCUUGGUCGAAUUCAUUGUCAUUGCUGUUCUAUACGCGCUGAUCUAUCGGUCUAUAUUAGUGCGUCGCGCUUGGAAAGCGAAAAGGAAGCGAAUGAGCUGUUACGCCAGCACCAACUGUCCGGAAACAGUAGCCGAAGAGACCCAGCUGACCAACAUCAACGGCGCCGCCACAGAGAAUAUCCAGCCCAAAAAGAACCCCCGGAUUUCGGCGACGAUGCGGGAUCGCACUCUUUACGCUAACAUAAAAACCGCAGCCAUGCUGUUUGUAGUCACCAUCUUCUUCGUCUUGUCCUUCCUGCCCUCGUGGUUCAUGGGCCUCAAGGUAGUUCACUUUAACGUCAUCGUGUUCUACAUGUUCUACAUCAACAACGUCAUCAACCCUAUCGUGUACGCCUUCAUGAAUCGGACUUUUAGAGAUGACCUAUUUCAACUCCUGAAAAGCUGCAUAAGACAUUGACCUUUGACUUAGCUCUUCCCUAAAGAAAAAAACACGGUAAAUGUAAAGUACAACACCCUCGCCCCCACCCCACUCCACCCCACCCCACCCCCAAAUGUAUUCGCACAUCAUGUGAUCACAGCCCGUUGUUACCUGUUCCUGUAAGACAUCGCUACAACACCACCCGCUGUGAUCUCCCUGCAGUGACCCUGGAUGUUGCGCACUAGGCCGAGAUGGCGGGGGAGGGUUAUACUUUACAUUUACCGAAAAGACAUGUUUGACAUAGACCGUUGGAUUGGACUCUGGACCCAUGACUUGCCUGUAGAGAGUCUGAAAAAGGACUACAAAUAUUGAGACACUCCGUUCCGAAGUUGGACAUCGACUCUUGAAGUGUAAACGGUGAAUUGUGAGUGGUUUUCUUUACCUUUCUAAGGAAGCGGAAUGCUUUGAAAUCCCUCAGCAUCGCCAGUUUCGAACAAAAGUCAGUGAAGACAGGACACGUUGAAGCUCAUGUGUUUUGUUUUGUUUUUCUGACGUUGUCUCCGCUGUCAGCAGAUUGGGCGUUGCACCGUUGCCCUAAUCCGAUGCUGUUGAAGGCGCAUGUGGUUUAGAGGUCAUAGUAUACUGUAUGUUUGUGUUCGCACGCGUGUCUGUGUGUGUCUGAGAGAGAGA